CAGAGUCGAUCCCCAGCUCUAUGCGAUCAUCUUUGGCGAAAGUCUCCUGAACGACUCGGUUGCCAUCGCACUCUUCACCACCCUCUCCAACUUCAACAGCGAUUCCGCCUUCUCACUCUCUAGCAUUUCUAUGGAAUUGGGUCGUUUUCGGCUCUAUUUUUUGGAUCGCUCAUGAUAGGCGUCAUCAUGGCUUUGAUUUGCACUCUCAUGCUCAAGCACUCGCAGCUGUUUGAGUAUCCGUCGCUAGAGUCGUGCAUGGUGUUGCUCUUGGCAUAUGCCUCGUAUCUGCUCUCCAACGGCUGUCACCUGUCUGGAAUAGUUUCGCUGCUGUUCUGUGGCAUCACUCUCAAGCACUAUGCGUACGACAAUCUCAGCCUGCGUUCGAGACGGACCACAAAGUACAUGUUUCGGGUGCUUUCCCAGAUGAGUGAAAACUUUGUCUUUAUCUACCUGGGAAUAUCGAUCUUUACCCGAUCAGACUCUAUUUUCCUGCCGGUCCUGAUCGUUUUGAUCCUGAUCAUAUUGCUGGUGGCUCGCUACAUCUCAACGGUGCCUCUAGCCUGGCUGGUCAACUCGGUCACAUAUCGACUCUACGGGAAAGUGAACCACCUUCCAAAGAACCACCAAUGGAUGAUGUGGUGGGCCGGUCUCCGUGGUGCCAUCGCCUUUGCCCUUGCCUUUGAAGUCACCGGUAAAGCCGGAGACAUCAUUCGCUCAACGACUCUGGUCGUAUGUGUCAUUAGCGUGUUGAUUCUUGGCGGUACCACAAACUAUGCCCUCGAACGACUGAAAAUCGAAACAGAUGUCGGCCCCAAGAGAAAUCAUGCCCUCGCUGACGACAUAGACGAUGCUACAGACUCAAGCGUCGACGGUUUUGAAGAUGACGAUGACGACUCUGGCUAUCGAUACGAAUAUGAGGACGAGCACCCGCUGGCAUCGUUUGCUCCACGUUCGUCGGUCUCAAGCUACGCGUCCUCCCAGCCCCUGUCGGAUGGGCCCCCUAUCGCGACCGAGCGCUCGGCACCGCAUUGGUUCAUAAAUUUUGAUGACCAGUGGGUCAAGCCCCUAUUUUCUCGACGCAAAUAUGAGCGACCUGGCUCCUCGGAGGCGUAUCCGCGCUCCCGGGGCCCGCCUGGCACUGGCAGCAGCCACAAACGAAGGGUAUCGGGCUCACUCGACGAAUAAGCUCCAGUCAUAUAUAACUCUUCCAGUCGAAUAACACGAGUUCUAUUUUCAUAAGAGCGAAUACCACCUGUCUUAAUUUCUCAUUGGUGACGUCGUGGAGUAAU